GCUACGGUGAGGGGCGGCGGGGCGAUGGGACGCGGCGCGGUGCUGCUGGCGGGCGCCUACGCGGGGUGGCUGCUGCUGGGAGCGCUGGGAUUGUGGGGGUUGGAGGGGACCCCCGGGUCCCCCCGAACCCCCCGACCCUCCCGGAACCUCAACGGCUCCGAGUGGGACUUCGCCACCUCCCUCCUCUUCGUCACCACCCUCCUCACCACCGUGGGUUACGGCUCGGUGGCCCCCCUCUCAGCGGCCGGCAAAGCCUUCUGCAUGGCCUACGCCGUGGUGGGCGUCCCCAUCACCAUGUUGACCUUGACCGCCGCCGUCCACCGUUUGACGGGUCCGUUGGUCGACCGGCCCCGGUUGUACCUACAGGCGCGUUGGGGCUACAGCCGGCGCGGAGCAGCUCGCGCCCACUUCGUCAUUUUGGUUGGGGUCACUUUGGGGGUGUCGGUGCUUCUCCCUGCCGUUGGGUUUUACGUUCUUGAAGGUACCUGGACCUACUUGGACGCCGUCUACUUCUGCGUCAUCUCCCUCUGCACCAUCGGGUUGGGGGAUCUCGUGCCGGCGGAGCAACCGGGUCAACCGUUGAGGCAACUCUACCAAGUAGCCGUAGCCGCGUAUCUGCUGUUGGGGUUGACGGGCGUCUUGCUGUUGGCGCGGACCUUCCGUCGCUUGGCCGAGCUCCACGGCGUCGCCAGCGGCAUCUUGUCACCGGAUGGAGCCGUCGAAGAAGAAGACGCCGGGUUGUUGGAAGGGACGAAGGGUGGGGAGAAACCAACCCGGGGGGGACACGGUGGAAGGGGUUCCGUCAACGGGUAG